CUCUAUAAACAUCACAUAUAUCCAUGUAAAGAUUUCUAUAGUGUCUAACAUAGAGCAUCAUUUGCCCUACUCCAUUUUACACCAAAAGGAAAACAAAAAAAAAAGGACAGUUGAUUUUUAUCUUUCAGACUGGAUUAGAGUGACCCUCAAAGCCCCGUUGGUUCCUUUCGUUCCUUAAGGUCCACCAAAUGCCGGCUAGGAUUUUGAUCCACUUCUUCAUAGUUUCUUUGUCUUUGCCUUCCCUGUAUAAGCAUUUUAGCAGGUCAAAUAUAGUCUUAGACAUCGCCAGUUGUAGCCCAUCAUACACAACAUUACAAAAAACAAUGGCUCUUUUGAGGAAAGGGGAAAGAGAAGAUUUGGAAAUUUCCUUUCUGUGCUUUUAGAAGUGAAUUUUUGAGAGUACAGAUUUGUGUUUGAAGUUAAAUGGAAGUGGUUAACAAGAGUUAAUUUGGAAGAUUUUGAUACAUAUGAUGAGGCUUAAAGGGAGAAGCUUUGAUUCUUUUUAUAAUUUGGUAACUAAUGGUGUCUUGGUAAGGUAUGAGUUUUUUUUUUCUGUAAGCUGGUGGAAAAAGCUUCUUGGGGGAUAGACUUGGAUUAUGAUUGAUGGAGAUGAGUGAGGUUUCAGGAUGAUUUGUUUUUCAAAGUCGGCUCCCAUCCCACAAACAUCGGGAAAGGAGGAGAAAGUUUUUGCAGGGAUAGAAAUUGUACAAGAAAUAUGGUUUAUUACGGUUUCUGACAUAUAUAUAUUCCAAAGGAAAAUGAAGACAUGCUAUUUCAAAUGAUUCAAGGAAAAUAAAGAUUUUUAUUGUAAAAGAUGGGAAAUUGCAUUAUGCUGCUUCUAGGAUCCUCUUCCUCCUCCUCGUUAUUGCAUUUCCUUGAAAACUUCUUGUAUCUUUAUGAGCUUCCUUCUUUAAUCCCUCUAUUAAGGUUGUUCAUAAAAGUGUAACGAAAAUUUAUAUCCAAGUGAGUGGGUGCUUACUUUUGAAUACAAGUUUGAACAGAUACCUUGAAGGAUGUGUAAAAAUAUAGUUCUGUUAAUCCGAAUAUUUUGGGACAUGAAAGCAUAAAAACUAGCUUGAAAAUUUGGUCAUAUUAGAGAAGGAACAAUUAAGUUUUUUAUUCUUCUUUUAAAUUUAUAAAACAAAAAAAGAGAGUAUCAUUAUGUUAAGUAGUUAUAAUGUGAUAAAUGGACAAAGUUUAAACGUAAAUUUUGUUCUGCAGCCGGUAAGGAAUUCAUUUUUAUUAACUUUGAAACAAGAAAAAGAUUGUGUAAUUUUUAGUAUUCUUGUCAUGAUAUUCCUUUAUCCACAAUUUUUCUGUGUGAUUAUUAACAAAAUUAGUUAAUUAACCUCAAAAAAGUGCACCAUGUAAAUUAGGUCAGGUUUUUGGUUUAUAAUAUAGGGAAUAUCACCGGAAAAAAAUAUAGAUAUGCCAAUGCCUGAUAUAUUUUCAUAUUUUAGAAUUUGGCUAAUGUGAAGUUGCAGAAAGAAUCAUUUAUUCUCUAUAUCAAAAGUUAAAUUUUAUAGUAUAAGAUCAUUCUAUUGCCUUUUGAUAAAGAGCAGUCUUGGUGCAUAAUCUCCAGCUAUGAGCAGGGUUCGCUGACCAUUGUGUUUUAUGAAUGCAAAGUUACUUUGCAUUUCUGCAAGAGGAUGUUUCCUCUACAUACACUUAUUUAAACCUUUUAAAACUAAAGAGUUGACAGACUUUUCUAUUCUACUCUCUCUGGGAAUAUGGCUUGAAUCCGUGAUUUCCGGUCAUAUGGCAAUAAUUUUUACCAUUGCACCAAAGUUCCCUUCUCUAUCAUCCAUUCAAUGCAACUAAAAAAUUGUAAAUGUCAUACUGCAUUAGAUCUAGUAGGACACAUGUGGGUAUAUGCUCUAUAUAGGUGAUUCUAAGACAAAUCAUUGAGUAUUGCAAUAAAACGGGUCCAAUGGAGCAGAAUGGAUGUUAGGGAUUUAUAUAUCAGACCCUUGUUUGGGAUGAAGACAUAGUUGUUAAUGUAUACUACCUUAGGUCUAUUGUGGAUGGGUGCUUUUGACUUUAAAGCAAUUUUGACCUUGUCUUUCGACCCACUUAUCUUUGUAAAUUCUUAAUUCUUCUUGCCAAAUCAUAUUGCCGGGUCAAAUUACCCAAGGAAGCCUUGGCACAGGGAGGAAGUGAGGAACCAAUAUGCUUAUAAUUGGUACCAAAUGCCAAAGCCAGCAGAGAGUCAACAGAUAUUGAAGUAUAUGGAAUGCAAGGAAUCCCACCUGAUGUCUUAGCAGCUCACUAUGGAGAGGAAGAUGAUGAGGCCCCAGCAAAAACUGCCAAAGUGGACAUUCCGUCAUCCCAGUAUGUUGGUGGUGCAAUUCCAGGAUACCCUCCCCGGGCACCUUUUGGUGCAAUGCCACCACUCUAUAAUCCUGCUGUGCCGAUGCCUCCCGCUGGUUGGCCAGUCCCCCCUCGGCCCCAACCUUGGUAUCCACAAUAUCCUGCUGUCUCGGUUCCUCCUCCUGCACCAAUGGGUCUGCCGCAACAACCAUUAUUUCCUGUGCAAAAUGUGAGGCCUCCAAUGCCAGCUAUUGCACCACCAACGCUUGUUAGUCCUCCAGGCCUCCCGGCAUCUAAUCCACCUGUUCCCGUGUCUCAGCCCUUGUUUCCUGUUGUUCCGAAUAACAACCACCUUUCCCAAAGUUCGCCAUUUUUACCGCCAAUGCUGUCAACAAGUGUGCCAUUGAGCUCUGCAGCUGACACAAAUAGCUUAAUUGACCCAAACAUGGACAACAACACUCCUGCCACCAUUGGUUAUCAGAUUUCAGGUAUUCAAGGUCUUCUGUUGUAAUAUCUUAUCCAUUCUGUUAAAGGGCUGACACUUUCGACAUGGUUCUUGUUGGGAAUUUACUUAUUGCCAAUUUACUGUUGUGACUCCAGUUAGAAUAAGCAACUCUGUUCUGAUCCAUUAGUAAGAAGUAGUAUUUCUUGAUUGCUUUUGGAAUUGAAAUGCAAAGCCUGUUUGUUGUCCUUGAUUCUUUCAAAACUUUGU